AUGGCCCCCGGCCGCAAACAGUGGCACGCCAACAACCUGAUCCAACCCGAAGAUAUCCUCAAGGCUCACGCCGUCCGCAAGGUCGUCCGCGAGACAGCGACCGGUUCCUCGACCUCUCAGCGCGUCCACACUGAGCUCACCAUCAGAGUCGUCUCCACCUUCUUCGACCCGGGCGCAUCGGCGCUGCAUGUCUCGGGCCAGGUCAUCAACGAGAAUUCAUUUGUCAGUGUCGGGCAGCACCACACGCUCGACCUCGAGCUCAAUCGGACAUUUACGCUGUGGAAGAAGUACGGAUGGGACAGCGUGGCCCUCGAGACGUUGCGGGAUGCGCUCGCGCAGGACAAGGACGGCGCUGUGGCCGCCGUGGUCAUGCAGGAGGGGUUGGCCAACAUCUGCCUGAUUACGGAUUUCCAGACGCUGCUCAAGCAGCGGGUGGAGAGCAGUGUGCCGAAAAAGCGGUCGGCGGCGUCGGACCAGGACUCGGGGAUGCGCAGGUUCUACGACAAAACGCUGUCCACGUUGCUUCGGUCCAUCGACUUCAACGAGCCGCGCAUGCUGCUGCUCGCGAGCCCCGGCUUUGUGGCACAGGACUUCAAGAAGUGGAUCGGCGAAGAGGGCGCGCGCAAGGCGGACAAGAUGCUACGGCGCAUAGCCAAGGAUGCAGUGGUGGUACACUCGAGCUCCGGUCACCUGCACUCCCUGAACGAAGUGCUCAAGAGCCCCGAGGUGGCGGCGCUGCUCAAGGACAAGAAGUUCAGCAACGAGACGCGAUUCAUGGACGACUUCUUCGAGCGGAUACGGAAAGACGACGGGCGGGCGUGGUACGGCACCAAGCCCGUGGAGAAGGCGGUGCAGGAGGGUGCCGUGGGCAGAGGCGGCGGAGUGUUGCUCGUCAACAACUCGCUGUUCCGCAGCCAGGACAUCGCAACGCGCAGAAGAUAUGUCGCGCUCGUGGACAAGGUCAAGGAGGACGGAGGGGAGGCUCGAGUGCUGAGCAGCGAUCACGAGAGCGGACAACGGCUAGACGCAUUGGGCGGCAUCGCGGCGAUAUUGACGUACCCGAUAGUAGACCUAGACGAGGAUGAAGACGAAGACGACGAAGGAGGUGGCGGCGCGGAAGGAGACACUGGGGGGGCCUCGAUAAUCUGA